AUGAAUUCCCUUGUCUCGCAAUACAGCCGGUCCUCGUACGAGCAGAACGAGCCUCUCGACGAGCAGGAUGAGCUCCUGAACUCUAUGGGUGGUGAUCUAUCGAUCAAGUUUGCCAUGCCUCCCGUUGCUCAGCCCUCAUCAUGGCUCCGCGCUGCCACAGAUGACCGAUCCAACCCCAACUGCCCCAUCAAGAUCGCUCACGGAACCACCACCCUCGCCUUCCGCUUCCAAGGCGGUAUCAUCGUCGCUACCGACUCUCGAGCCACAGCCGGCAACUGGAUCGCCUCGCAAACCGUCAAGAAGGUCAUUGAGAUCAACAGCGUCCUGCUGGGAACCAUGGCUGGUGGUGCUGCAGACUGCCAGUACUGGCUCGCCUGGCUCGGCAUGCAGUGCCGCCUCCACGAGCUCCGACACAAGCGCCGCAUCAGCGUUGCCGCCGCCAGUAAGAUCCUCGCCAACCUCGUCUACAGCUACAAGGGUAUGGGCCUCAGCAUGGGCACCAUGUGCGCUGGUGUUACCAAGGAAGAGGGUCCUGCCCUUUACUACGUCGACAGCGAUGGCACUCGCCUGGCAGGCAACCUCUUCUGUGUUGGAUCAGGUCAGACAUUCGCCUAUGGUGUGCUUGAUGCCGAGUACAAGUACGAACUAUCAGACGAGGAGGCUCUUGAGCUUGGAAAGCGAAGUAUUUUGGCCGCCACCCACCGAGAUGCUUACUCUGGUGGUUACAUCAACCUGUACCAUGUCAAGGAGGAGGGCUGGGUGAAGCACGGCUUCAAUGAUACCAACCCCAUCUUCUGGAAGACAAAGCUGGAAAAGGGCGAGUUCACCAACGUGACAAGCAAGUUGACUUAG